AUGAAGAGGAGUCCUAGUGAAAACAUAGUGAUUUGUGAUGGAACUUUUGAGGAGUCUGAUGCUAGUAAGUAAACAGUUAUGUUAUUUAUACAAAAAUGCAGUGAUAUAAACAAUAGCCUCAAUGGCCGUGAAAAUAAGCUUUAGCAACAUCGGCGUCGCGAAAUUGUUUGACCCGAUGAGGAGAGCAUGAUGGAAGGGAAGGUUGCCUUCCAUCUCUCAUUGAAGCUCUUUUAAUAACGAUAAAAAUUUACCUCUGCAAGGAUUUUAAGUCAUUGUAGCAAAUGAAGUUAAUACGUUUUAUGUAAUUUCCUGUUAGCUCAUGAUCACUUUGGCGGAAGUUCGUACCCGUCGUUGUAGUAAACUAGAUCUACAUCAGGGCGCUGGAUUUUAAUACUCACUUCUCGUAGAGCUAUUGAUAUCCUCUUCGAAAUUAAGAUAAACUUGAAAGAAUUUGAGUCAACUUGACUAAAGCCGCUUUGAAACGUAUGAAUUUUUGCCUUUUCUGUGCUUAAAUGUCUUCUAAUUGAUUUUACAACUAAAGAAAAUAUCAAACGAAGUCCAUUAACAUGCAAUUCAAACUUAUCAAACACAAUACAUCACGAACAACCUGCGACUGCUGCCUCUAACGAGGAUACUGAGCUCUGGACUAUGAGAUAGAACCGGUUGUUGCAUUAGUUUUUAUGAGGAGUAUUCCAAGACGGUCUCUUUCCUUCGAUAUCUCCUCGUUGCUGAAGUCAAUAAUGAUAACUGCUUCUCCUUAAAUCUUUAUCACAGCUCGCAUACUGGUCACUGAUGUGAAAAAUAAGCCACCAAAUAAAAACAAUGCUGUGAAACUGCUAUUCACGGACACAAAGCCAAACAAGCUGUAUGCAAUGAAAGGAAUUGGAUGCGGACAAGAAAUCCAAACCGAAGUAAGGAGUUAUCUCAUUCAUACAAUUCAACUUUCAUUCAUUCAUUUUAGCUUCACUCAUUCAUUUAUCCAUUCAUAAUUAAUUAUGCCCACUUCCUCACCCGCUCAUUCACUCGUUCAUGAAUUUAUUCAGUCAGUCAUUCGAUCUGUCCGUCAUUAAUUGCUUAAUCAAAAUUAUUUCUAAUUCAAAGAUACUUUCCGUUUUGCAAGGAAAUGUCUUCGCAUGAUGACGAAAGCGAUAUCUUUUUGCCUGAGUAUUUCUGGAGCUACACCAUGCUCAAACACGACAGAACCGGCUGCUAUGUGGGAUGUGACUACACUGGAAAAGUGACUUUGAUGGAAAAUUCAAAGCCCGAAUAUCCUAACGCUGAGAUUCUAUUCAUCGCCAAUGCACCUUAA